AUGACGGAUUACUAUCAGAGUCUUGAACUCCCACGCGAUGCGACGCAGGAGCAAAUCCGAAGGAACUACCGCCAGCUGGCGUUAAGGUUUCACCCUGAUAGGGCGGGACCGGAGGGGGCGGAGAGGUUCAAGGAGAUACAGU